UGGGAUAAACUUGGAUGGGCGGGCGUCGUGUCGGGCCACUGGCAAACAACGUAACACAAAAAGCUGCCCCGUGCCCACCUUCUCCUCCCCCUUCGCCCACACCAGCUCUUCCCCCUUGGCGGUUCCUCACCUACGCCGGCCCCUCCCCGUCGCCACCUCUUGCCCGUCGUCGCCUCCUCCGAGUUGCCGUCUCCGCCCGUCGCUGGCUCUGUCCUUCGUCGCCUUCUGCCCGGAUUCGCCCUUCGACCUUCGCCACCUCCUGCUCGUCUCCGCCUCCUGCUGUUUCCUGGCCGUUGCUGACUCCUGCCCCUCUUCGAUUCCUGCCCUUUUCACUGCCCCGUCUCUGCCCCCUGCCAAAUUCAAUCAGGUGAGCCUUUCUUGAGAAACCGGUGGAAUCAACCAUUCAUGGCGGAGGAAACCCUUGAGCACCGCAGUUCCAUUGCAGCUCCCUUCAUCUUCAUCCUCGUUCUCGCUUUCCAUUUCGUAAACCGUUGGUUUGAGCACUCAAAGAAGAGAGCGUUCAAGAAUGUUGCAGAGGAACAGCUGCGUGGGGAAAUAAAGAAGCUCUUGAGAGAUGCGAGCACCCUUUCGCAGCCAUCCACAUUUGCUCAAGCCUCAAAACUUCGAAGGCAAGCAGCUGCCAAGGAGAAAGAACUCGCCAAACUUCAAGAAUCAGUGGGCAAGGAGAUACAGCUUUCCUAUGAGACUUUUUUGAAAGCUCUAUUCUUCACAAAGGUGUUCACAUACAUUGUACUGGUUUUAUGGUUUUGGAGGACGCCUGUAGCAUCGAUAUCUGAGCAACUUGUGCUACCAUUUGGUGAAUUGUUAUCUUGGGGAGCUGGAGGCACUUUGAGUGGUAAUGUUAUGGUUGGGAUCAUACCUUGGUUAGUUUUAUCCACGAGAGUGAGCAAGUUCGUAUUCAGACUCAUCAACUGGUAAAAGCAUUCUCGUAUGAGAUAUAUUCCAUCGAAAUUCAUCCUACAGGUUUUCUGAUCUGAAGUUUGGGAGAUAGACAAGAAGGAAGAGGAGGAUUCGUCCUGUGGUGAUCCAUUUCCGGGUCUCUCCCCUUUCUUUCCAAUUUUGUUCUGCGUCUAAUUCAGUGUUAAAGUUAUAUGGUUGUAGUUUUCCACUGGGAAGCUGAUUUACUACUUGACUUGAAUAGAUUAGGAAGCUCUGAAGCUUGAAUAUUGUAUUAUGUAAUGUUGAAGGCUUAUGAAAAACAAAGCCUGCAGUAUAGAAUUUGAAAUCAUUAAGAAUGAAAAAAAAAGAUAACGAGACUACUCUAUUGCUCGA